AUGGAUGGAAAGGCAGCACCCAACGGCGUGGCCACCAUCGAGGACAGGAUUUUGCGGAUCACGGGCUACUAUGGAUAUUACCCGGGCUACUCCAGCCAGAAAAGUGCCUCACGAUCAUCUGUCAUCCAAUGCAAGCCAGGAGGCAACUGCCCCAGCAGACACAGAGGCAUGACUAGGCAGCUCUCCCCUCUAUCUGUUGCUGAAGAUUCUGCUGCUCCCAUUCUUGAGCUGCAGAAUCGAAGUCCCUCGGGAAUCUGUCGGCACAGCAGAGUCGAGAGGCAGAGCAGAUCAGGAGAAGAAGGAACACAAACGCACACAGAGAGCGGCAGCCAAGAAGCUGAAGGACAGACACGAUGCCAGUCUUGCACAUCCACAUUCCUCAAGCUUAUCUGGAGAUUUCUGAUCAUUCUGUCUGUCUUUUCCUCCUGGGUUGGGACCACGCAGUUUGUCAAAAUCACGUAUGAGACCUUUGACUGUCCUUUUUUCAUGACUUGGUUCUCAACAAACUGGAACAUAAUGGUUUUUCCCAUUUAUUAUUCUGGGCACCUUGCAACUGCACAGGAAAAGCAAUCUCCAAUCAAAAAAUUCAGGGAAUGCAGUCGGAUUUUUGGUGAAGAUGGUCUGACGCUGAAACUCUUUCUUAAAAGGACUGCUCCCUUUUCUAUUCUGUGGACUUUGACUAACUACCUGUACUUACUGGCUUUAAAGAAGCUGACAGCCACAGACGUCUCUGCUCUAUUCUGUUGUAACAAAGCUUUUGUCUUCUUGCUUUCUUGGAUUGUGCUGAAAGACAGGUUCAUGGGAGCAAGGAUAGUUGCAGCAAUAAUGGCCAUCACGGGCAUCGUCAUGAUGGCUUACGCAGAUGGCUUCCAGGGCGAUUCCAUCAUCGGGGUGGCGUACGCUGUUGGAUCAGCCUCUACGUCUGCGCUCUACAAGGUUUUGUUCAAAAUGUUUCUUGGAAGCGCAAACUUCGGGGAAGCAGCUCAUUUUGUUUCUACGCUGGGCUUCUUCAAUUUAAUCUUCAUCUCUGUUACCCCAAUCAUACUGUAUUUUACAAAAGUGGAGUACUGGUCUCCCUUCUCUGCUGUGCCCUGGGGUUACCUGUGUGGCGUUGCUGGCCUCUGGUUAGCUUUCAAUAUUCUGGUUAACGUUGGCGUCGUGCUUACAUACCCCAUCCUGAUCUCUAUUGGCACAGUGCUCAGCGUCCCGGGAAAUGCAGCUGUGGAUCUGUUGAAGCACAAAAUGAUCUUCAGUGUAGUGAGACUGGGAGCCACCAUCAUCAUCUGCAUUGGGUUUCUGCUGAUGCUGCUCCCUGAGGAGUGGGAUGAAAUAACACUGAGGUUCAUCAACAGCUUGAAAGAGAAGAAAAGUGAGGAUCAUGCUGAUGAUAUCACAGACUCCAGCGUACACACGAGAAGCAGAAGUAGAGCUAAUGGGACAGUGUCUAUACCACUGGCUUAG